AUGAACAAUCCCUUUAAAAGAUCUGAUAGUAUGUCAUCAGAUGAUGACCCAUUUGAUGUGGCUGAAUCUUAUUAUAAUAAUAUCAAUAAUAAGAAAUUUAAUAGGGUUCGUACAUUUUCAGUAUUUGAAAACAAUUCUAAAUCUAAGAUAGCUUUCAAUGAUAGUUUUAUUGCCGAACGUCUGAACGAAACAACUCCUUAUCAAUCCAAAUCUCCAACUCCUUUGAACACUUCAGAGUUAAACCUUGAAAAUUCGGCUAAUAUCCCAGUUGCAAGAAAACCUGAAGAUAUUACUGAUAAUUUAAGAAGACCUUCAAUCUUACCAAUUUAUGAUGAUAAUGGUAUAGGUGAACCCAAUUCUACUUCAGAUAUUCCACAAAUCAAGGAUAUGACCAAUAAAGUUCAAAAUUUUCAUCUUAGAAGAAGUUCAUAUGAUGAUACUUCAUUUAGAAAACCCAAGAAAUUUUAUAUUUCCGAUAUAGACUUCACUUUGGAUCAAUUGUUGAAGAAUGAAGAUACUGACCAUAAUUGUCAGAUUACUAUUGAAGAUACUGGUCCUAAAGUUUUAAAAUUGGGGACUGCCAAUUCUAAUGGGUUUAAUCAAUUUGAUAUUAGAGGUACUUACAUGUUAUCUAAUUUAUUACAAGAAUUGACUAUAGCUAAAAGAUUAGGUAAGAAUCAAUUGAUUUUAGAUGAAAUAAGAUUAAGUGAAAAUCCAGUUGAUAGAAUGAAAAGAUUAAUUUCCACUCAAUUUUGGCCAAAACUAACUAGAAGGUUAACCAGAGAUAAUAUCAUUGAAAUGUCUAGAGAUACUAAGAUCGAAGAAGAAUAUGUCAAUGAAAAGGGUGAAACCAUCAAGAAUCAAGAAAGCCAUAGAAUUUAUAUUCCUUACAAUAGACAAGACCAAUAUGAAUAUUUUAAUUCCAUUAAAGUUGCCAAUCCAGAUAUCAAACUUGAUAUUCAAUAUUUACCGGAGAAAAUCGAUGCUAGAUAUAUCAGAUCUAUCAAUAAAAAACCAGGAUUACUUGCAUUACAAUCCUGGCCUGAUAAGGAAAAUCCCGGGAAUUUAAUUAAUGAACCCUAUGUGGUUCCCGGAGGAAGAUUUAAUGAAUUUUAUGGUUGGGAUUCUUAUAUGGAAACUUUAGGAUUAUUGGUUGAUGUUAAGCCAGGAGAAUUGAGGAAUUUAUGGUUAGCUAAAGGGAUGGCAGAAAAUUUCAUAUAUGAAAUCAAUCAUUAUGGGAAAAUUUUAAAUGCCAAUAGAUCUUAUUAUUUAGGAAGAUCUCAACCCCCAUUUUUGACCGAUAUGGCUUUAAGAAUCUUUAAUAAAUACCUCGAAGUCCAACCUGAAGAUUUAGAGAAGAAUUUACAGUUCUUAGAAAGAGCUGUUAAAGCUGCUAUAAAAGAAUAUUUGAAUGUAUGGACAUCAGAACCAAGAUUAGAUCCUGAAACUGGAUUAUCAUGUUAUCACCCUGAAGGUAUUGGUAUUCCACCAGAAACAGAAGCUUCACAUUUCAUUGCUGUUUUGAAACCAUAUACUGAGAAAUACAACGUCACUCAUGAAGAAUUCAUUGAAAUGUAUAACUCGGAGGAAGUUCACGAAUCAGAAUUAGACGAAUAUUUCUUACAUGAUAGAGCUGUUAGAGAAUCUGGCCAUGAUACCAGUUACAGGUUAGAGGGAGUUUGUGCUCAUUUAGCUACCGUAGACUUGAAUUCUGUUUUAUACAAAUAUGAAGUAGACAUCGCUUUUAUUAUUGAAUCAUUCUUCAAUAAUAAAUUGGAAAUCGAUGGUAAAAUCGAAACCAAAGAUAUUUGGAUAGAACGAGCAGCUCAAAGAAAGAAAAAUAUCACCAAAUAUUUAUGGAAUGAAGAGGAUUCAAUCUUUUAUGAUUAUAAUAUCAAGACCAAACAACAAAGUGACUAUGAAUCAGCUACUACAUUUUGGCCAUUAUGGUCAAAAGUCGCCAGUGAUGAUCAAGCAGAUAAAUUAGUUAAAAAUUCUAUCAAAAAAUUGGAAGAAGCUGGAGGUAUCGUGGCUGGAACAUUGAAAUCUAGAGGUGAUGUUAAUUUGGAUAGACCUUCAAGACAAUGGGAUUAUCCUAAUGGUUGGGCUCCUCAACAAAUCUUGACAUGGAUCGGAUUAGCUAAUUAUGGCUAUGAUGGAGUAGCCAGAAGAUUAGUUUAUCGUUGGUUAUAUUUAAUGACCAAAGCUUUCGCUGAUUAUAAUGGUGUUGUGGUAGAGAAAUAUAAUGUCGUUGAAGGUGCAACUCCUCAUAAAGUCGAUGCAGAAUAUGGGAAUCAAGGAGCUGACUUUAAAGGUGUGGCUACUGAAGGUUUUGGAUGGGUUAAUUCUAGUUAUGUUUUUGGUUUAACUUUCCUCAAUCUUCAUGCCAUUAGAAAUUUAGGAGCCUUAACACCUCCAAAAGCUUUCUUAGAAAAUAUGCAUCCAUCACAAAGAGAGUUAUUCCAUUAA